AUAUUAACUUUACUUAUUGCAGAGUUCAUUUUCAGAGCUGGGAUUAUGUACACAACCAAUGAAAGUGAAGAUGGACCACAACUAAGGUCAAAUAUGUUCUCCUUGAGUGGGACUGGUUUUUUUGGUGCUGUGGGGCGUAGCAUAAACUUGGGGGGUCAAUCUGCUCUAGCAUUACGAUUACUUCUGGCAGUUUUCUCAUCGAAAAUCUCCUCUGAUGUCAACCGACCCUUCGGCGAUGAGGUUGUUUAUUCAAACAUAUUAAAGAGUCAUAAUACAUGUAGUGUCUACAAAAUUUAUGAAAUUUCUACCUUAGUUUAUGAAUCUUUGCAAAAUUUGCAGUUUCGUGCUGCUCGAAAAGCUUCUGAAGAAGUUGGUGCUCAAAUAGUUUUGGGGGAUCGGCCCAUUGAAAUAACUCUUGAAAGGGCUUGGAAUUCUCUGAAGUGGGCUGAGAAAGUUAGUUUAGUGCGCUCUGUUAUUCGUGGGAUAACAUCAUCAUCUGAUAUAUCCAGGAAUGAUCUAGAGGUUUUCUCUUGCCAUUGUUUAUUGCCAAAUAUUGUUCUUCAUUUUCAUAAAGCCUGGGUUUUUAGCUGUUAUGGAAAAUGGAUAAUGACGAAGAAAGAUCCAUGCUUUGAGAAAUUCUCCUUAUUUCCUGCAACUUCCAACCAAGAAAAAUCUAUAUUGAAUUGCAGGAACAGAAUACAGAUGACAGCACCUUUCAGCUUUAUGAGAGGCUAAGUUUCUUAUAUCCAUCACUUCUGCAACCCCUUAUACACGAGCGAGACACAGUGAGUACAUGUAUACUUGAACCGUAAAGAUCAUUGGAACCCUUUCUUGUAAAUUAGUCAGGCACACUCCAAAAUGAGAAACGAAAAUAGAUAGAGGGUAGCUAUCCAUGGAAAACUGCAGUUUGAAAUUCUAUGUUGAUAGCUUGUCAUGCAUUAUAAGUUUAAUUAUAGUCUCCUCAAAAUCCUAAUUUCAUUCCUUUCAUCUGGAUCACUCAACUUACAUUUGCUUUAUGUGAAUUCUGUUUAUUAAUUUUUCACUGAUGCCGAACAUGAUCACAUUAUAUCAUGCCUGUUAUGCUGACAAAAAACCAAAAAAGAGAUAUCAUGCUGGUUAUGUCAAUUUCUAGGAGGCCAUAAUUUGCCCUUUUAGAAAGGAAAGUGUUUUCCUUUGUUCUCUUACGAACGAACAUAUGCCUCUGUGUUUUCAGUAUCUUGCCUGGUCUUUAAAGCGGAGCAAAGCUGUCAAUAACUGCAAGAAGGUGGUAGGGGUAAUUGGAAAGGGACACAUGAAUGGCGUAGUAUACGCACUGAUAUCUGACCAAGGAAACUUGCGGUUCAGAGACCUUGCAGGGAAGAGACCAUCUGAAGUUGGGUCUAAUGGUUUGGUUGAAGGUAUUCUUAAGAGCUUGGUUAGAGACACCGUGAUUGGCAUUCUUUUGUGGGCAUUAUAUGAGCUUAUAAAGGAAGGAUCAUAGCAUGCAGUACUAAUAGAUAUACAUACAUAUAAUCUCGUAGCAUCAAAAUUCAUAUUGCAAAGAAAUGUUCAUAAAGAAAAAUAACAAAUGCUA